AUUGCGUAGUAAAGCAGUUUUCAGGGGGUGUUGCUAGGCAAUCAGCUGCUUAAAAAAGCGAACACCGUGAUAUCCUUCACUAAACGCAAACUAAACGUUAGCAAGCGUAUAGCGCUAAGGACGCUAUCGAACACAAUAUCCACAUGCAGUACCAAUGUGCUGUGGCCUGUCACCUGUGUUGUGUUUGGCGCGUGCAAGGGCGCGUGUUUGGUUUUCGGGUCGUUUUACAUCUAUGUGCUAGUUGCUCGUCGUGAGCGGGGUCUCUGAAGAGUAUUCAGGGGCUGAGUCAGGAGUCUGCACCAUAGCCAUGGAUGAUGAUAUGGAGUGGACACCUCCCACUGAGGCAGAAAUGAAGGUUAUUCAGGCCAAACGCGAGAGGGCUGACAAGAUAUCCAACCUCAUGGGAUCAUACUUGCUGAAAGGAUACAAGAUGCUCAAUGAGACAUGCCCAAAAUGCACCACGAUCUACCUUCGCGACAAGCAGGACGAGCUCUAUUGUGUGGCCUGUGUGGAGGUGGAUACCGACACAGAGAAAGAUAACCCGGCGUCCAGCGCGGAGGCGGCCCGUCGACAGGUGGCCGAGUCGCAGUUCGCCUCUCCGGGAGCAGUCCGACGGCGCACGGCCGCGUCCCCGACCGCCGCUGGGGAGUACUGCGCGGCACCCGCACCUCCGCCAGUGUCGGCACCCCCUUCCGCGCCGCCCUCCGCGCCUCCGUCCGCACCAGCUGCCGUCUCAUCGCCGGCCGCCGCGGCCGGCGCCAGCUCCGCGCCCCCUGCCGACGCAGAGGAUGAGAGGGCGCUGUCGGCGGCGGCGGCGGCGGUGCGGGCCAAACUGUCCUGGGCGGCCGGCCAGCUGGAGUCCGCCUCCUCUGUGGAGAGCUCCCUCCAACUGGUGGGGCUCAUCAGAGCCUGUGCCGACGCGCUGCAGGCUCUGCGGAGUCCGGCGGCGGCCCAGCAGUCGCCGGGGGUCUGACCUUCGGAACUCAAGACUCGGGGCUGGGAGAAACGGAGCGUGUGAUGGAAGUCGUGUAACAGACGUAGCGUUGUCCUCGUUACGCCUGUCGACGAUGGUGCCUCACGUUUGACUCAUUGUCAUAACUGACCGCUGGUGGUUGCCAUGGCUCGGAUUGAGCGCAGGUGAACACAUAACGAAGUGAUAUUUUUGCAAGCUUGCUGUCGUUCAUUUGAACUGCGUGUGUCUUACAGUUGUUUUCUGUUUUCUAACCAAAUAUAUGUGAUGCGCGUCAUU